CUGACUCCCUCAGCCCCGUCCCAGUCUGUGAUUGGCGGUAGGGCUGCUCGCGCUCUGAUUGGUUAAGCGGGCAGACCGCGAGGUUUGAACAAGCAGCAGCACAGAGUCCCCACCGAAUCUACAGAGCCACCUGUGGGGACCAUGGCACAGGGACUCCUUUCCCCACAGGGGCUGUUCUCUGAUGAGGAAGUCACAGCCUCACCCCUGCUCGAAUCCACAGCAGCAGAGAUUGGGUCUGGCCUGCGCAAAGAUUUACUAUCCGAUUUCUCUGCUAUUUCCCCAAACCUGAGGGGAUCCCAGCAGGCUGCAUCUGAGGACAAUAAUGGGAAAGUGAAGGUGUAUCUGAGAGUCCGGCCCCUGAAGCCAUCUGAGCUGGAGAAACAGGAAGAUCAGGGCUGCGUCUAUAUUGAGAAUUCGGAGACCCUCCUCCUGAGAGCGCCCCAGGACUCUUUCACCAUGCGGAGCACUGCACGGGGGGUAGGCCAGGCAGUCCAUAAAUUCACCUUCACCCAGAUCUUUGGGGCGGAGGUGGGGCAGAAGGCAUUCUUUGAUGAAACGAUGGGCGAAGUGCUGAAGGAUGUACUCCAUGGGCAGAACUGGCUGGUUUACACCUAUGGCAUCACCAACUCUGGGAAGACACACACCAUCCAGGGGAGCAGCAAAGACGGUGGGAUCCUGCCUCGCUCCCUAGCUGUCAUCUUUAAUAGUGUGGGGGAUCGGCUCUACCAGGCUAUGGAUCUGAAGCCCUCGCUUUCCAGUGAGGUGACCUGGCUGGACAGCAAACAAGUGCAUCAGGAGGAGACCAAGAAGCUGGCCCUGUUGUGCGGGGGGCUGCGGGAGGAGGAAGUGCUGACUCCACUGAAGAGGAGCCACAGUGCCGAGUCCCAUCUCCAGGCUGCCACCACUGUCAGUUUUGACAGUGGGGUUGGUGGCCUCUCUUCUACCAGCCAGUUUGCCAACCAGUCGAGCAGCAGCCAGCUGGAAGAGCUGGGUCCUCGCUGGGCUGACCCAGACCGCAUCUCGCUCCUCACCCUGGGGGAUGGGCAGGUCUCCAUCUGGGUCUCCUUCUUUGAGAUUUACAAUGAGCAGAUCUAUGACUUGCUGGAGAUGAACCAGAACCGCAAAAGGCAGACGCUGCGACUGUGCGAAGACCAGACUGGCAGCCCCUAUGUGAAAGAUCUGAACUGGAUCAAUGUCCAAGAUGCUGAUGAGGCCUGGAAGCUCCUGAAACUGGGUCGGAAAAACCAGAGUUUUGCCUGCACCCACUUGAAUGAGAACUCCAGCCGCAGUCACAGCAUCUUCUCCAUUCGUGUUCUGCACUUACAGGGAAGCAGCAGUGAGAUGCUCCCCAAAAUCAGCGAGUUGUCCCUGUGUGACCUUGCUGGCUCAGAGCGCUGCAAGAACCAGAAAAGUGGGGACCGCAUGAAGGAGGCAAAUAACAUCAACACCUCCCUGCACACGCUCGGCCGCUGCAUCGCUGCCCUCCGCCAGAACCAGCAGUCCAAGCUGAAGCAGAGUGUUGUUCCCUUCCGGGACAGCAAGCUGACCCGUGUGUUUCAAGGCUUCUUCACAGGGCGUGGGCGUUCCUGCAUGAUUGUCAACAUUAACCAGUGCGCAUCCACAUAUGACGAGACCCUGCAUGUGGCCAAGUUCUCGGCCAUAGCUAGCCAGCUUGUUCAAGCUCCUCCCACAAAGCUGGCUCUGCCGUCUAUCCAAUCAUUAAUCAAGGAACACAGCAGGCGAGACAGUAGGAGUUUAGGGGCAGGCUCAGAGCAAGAAGUGGAGCCUGAUGAAGAGAGUGAGGAUGAUGGAGAAGUGCCCAUGUAUGACAGGGAGGACCUUCCGCGAGCAGUGGAGGUCCUGUGGGAUCUGCUGGUGCAGGAGCGGCAGGACAGGCUGCACCUGGAAAUGUGCCUCCGUGAGGAGCUCUGCAAUGAGAUGCUAGAGCAGUUGCAACAGAAGGAGCAGUGGUGCAGCCAACACUUGGACACGCAAAAGGAGCUACUGGUGGAACUAUAUGAGGAUAAGCUGAACAAUCUGAAGGAGUCAAUGACUGAUUAUUAUCAGGAGAGGAUUCAGGAGCGUGAUGAAAAGAUUGAAGAGCUGGAGGCUGCUCUGCAGGAGGCAAAGCUGCAGUCAGAGGCCCUGGAGAGGAAACAGCAGGAGCAGCCCCUGCGCAGAUCAAAACGAGUGGUAGCUGCAUCCACUCUGCAGCAGGAGCUGCUGGAAGUUAAAGCCAAGCUGGAGCAGUGUCAAUCAGAGCUGACUACUACUACUGCAGAGUUGCACAGGUACCAGAAGCUGCUGGAGCCACCUCCUUCUGCCAAACCCCUCACUGUGGAUGUGGACAGGAAGCUGGAGGAUGGACAAAAGAAUGUGAAGCUGUUGCGGUCAGAGCUGCAAAGGCUUGGGGAGUCCCUCCAGUCUGCAGAGAGAGCAUGUUGUCACACCACAAGUGCAGGAAAACUUCGAGAAGCCCUCUGCACCUGUGAUGACAUCCUGGCUAGACAGGACCAAACACUGGCAGAAUUACAGAACAACAUGAUGUUGGUGAAGCUAGAUCUGCGGAAGAAGGCAACCUGUAUUGCUGAACAGUACCAUACUGUGCAGAAGCUCCAAGCCCCUUCAACAUCUACUUUAAAGAAACGCUUCUGUGCUAAUAGGGAAAACCUGCAGCCAAGUCAGCCUCCUGGCAAGAAACCCUUCCUGCACGGCUUUCUGUCCCGCUCACCCGCACAUCCUCGUAUGGGAGAGAGCAGCCCCUAUAGCCGCAUCCUGCGUGGCCGGCGAUCACCAGUACUCAAGGCCCUGCCCUCUAGUAAAAAAUAUUAAGUGGGUGAAUUGACCCACCAGCAAGGAGUUACUGUCCCUGUCUGUGUAUAAACUACCAUAUUUAGUAAUUCUUCACGGGCUUGUGCAAACACUGCAUGUGACUCCCAAAGAUUGCUUCAGGUGGUCUACUCUGUUUCAAGCCAGCUGCUACUCCAGUCUAUAUGGAACAGGACCCCCCGGUCCAAACUGUAACAUUGCCUCUCAACUUGUGUAUUCUGUAACAUAGGCUAUGCAUGACAAUAAAUAUACAAACAUUGUGUUUUACUUGUACAAAAACUUGCCUGCACUAAGUGUCCUAGCUAAUAGUACCAACCCUACUAUCCUCCAGGAUCACCACCUGUUUUGGCCUUUCUACAGCCAGGUCAGCAUAAUGUGCCUAAAGUAGAUUUGAGCUGCUGCUGUCACCCUGUAGAGGGGAGGCCAGGACCUGAACCCUUCAUCUAUGUCUACACUGGCAUGAGGUGCCUGUGCCACCUGCCUGGCUCAGAGUGUUUAGGGGCUAGUUAAUUGCAGUGUGGAUUUUCACACUUGAGCAAGCUGUGGGACUCUCCCACCAUACAGGAUCCUAGAACCUAGACCCAAACAGCUAUACUGCCAUUAAACAGCCCCUUAGCCAGGGCCACCUGUGGGCUUUAAAGUGCAGCAUAGAUAUACCUUUUCAGUCUUACAUGUGUAAUUGAAAUACCUUGCUUCACAUCCAAUGAGUACUUAAUUCUCAGAUGCAUUACCAGUUCUUUAUUUACACUUGGAAUAAAUAUGGCCCCUCCUUUAAUUAUUUUUGAUGAUGCUAGACUGGGCUCUAACCCUCAUGAAUAGCUUUAGGCUCUCAGAAUGAAAUCAUGACUAACACUGAUGUCCCCAAUCUGCCUAUGGAGCAACUUAGUAUGAGUCAGGGUGAGAUGCUAGGAAAGGAUCAGGACCUCACAGGGAUCAUUCCCCUUCCCAUUACUGCACUAUUUCUAGCUGUAUUUUCCCUGGCCUUACUGCAGGAAGCUAACUUCAUCUACUGUAGCCAGGCUUAGGUCUCCCUCACCCAUGAGGGAGGGAUUCAUCCUCAGUCAAUGCAGCUGCUCCAACCCCAAACUACUAGAGAGAGAAAAAAAUCAUAGAUUACAAGGGACCAUUGUGAUCCUGUAGUCUGACCUGCGUAACACAACCCAUGGAACUUCCCCAAAUAAUUCCCAGAGCAUCUUUUAGAAAAAGGCAAAUUGGAAUAGUCUCUAAGAAAGCAUCCAGUCCCCAUCUGCAAUAGCCUCAUCUUCGCUUGAGGCAGCAAAUGCACCCGUCUGUCACUGCAGCUGCAUAAGGUUUUCCAGGACUUGAAGUACAUGGUGAAAAUCUUAAACAUUCCCCUGAAAGCUAUUCAAGCAGGACUCCACGAGCUCUUGAACAUACUGCAUUUACUAACAGCAGGGCAAUCAGGCAUUCCUACAGACUAUGGUCUACUGGAACCCACCAAAUCCCUCUGCUAUAGGCCUGCUUUCAUCUCAACUACUUCUAAUACAGCAGACAGAAGGUAAAGUCCCCAUAAAGGGAUUUGAACAGUUAUUCUCAUCCUGCAGCUGGCUCUCUUGUACAAGGAAUACAGGAGAGAACAAAACAGCAAAGUCACCCCAAGGGGAAAAAUGCCCAAGAACUGGAUCUUUUCAGCAAGCAAUCAUGUCCUACUCUACAUACUGAGACAUUGUCUAAUUUUGUUGAUCAGUUACUGGAGGAGCUGAAACAGUUUAAGGCCAGCUGAUUGCUCAAACAUCUCUGCAGGCUGCACUGGUCACACGAGCCAGCAGGGCAUACCAAGGCAACUGCAAUGGGCAGCAGGAGGCUGUCAUGGCUUCAGUCCUCUGGCUUGCUUACAGAGGUACAGACAAUCGAGUAGGCAAACUUUUUUGCCCA